AAACUUUCAAAUAUUCAGGGUCAUUUGGUUCCAUCAUGAGUGUUUCCCGUUUCUGGAUAUCUACUUAUCGUUAUUCGUAUUUAUAUUGAACUGACACAAAAAUUCAUAUGAGCUUUGUUCAUUUUUAUUUUUGGCAUCGUCAUUUUUACAUUUAUUACAGUCACCAUACAUAAUUAGAUUAUAACCUAUGUCUAUAGGCAUGGUUUAUCUAAUUUAAUCUACCUCUAGCUAAAUUAACUUCAUUCGAUUCGUUAUGUAGCACAACUUCUUAAUCUUUAGUGGUAAACUGCUUCACACCAGACAUUUUGACUCCAUUAGUCUUAACUUCUAACUAGGACUCCAUGAUUUGCCUUUUAAAAUAAAUCGCUAGUAGGGGCAUAAUAAUUACCAGUAAUUGGUUUUACGAAAGUUCUUGGAUUUUAUCGAGAUCACUUUACUUCCAACACGACUUAUUCGUCUCUCGGUGUUUCGUAAUGGCAUGAACUAAACAGACUGCUCGCAAGUCGACCGGAGGUAAGGUGCCUCGAAAGCAGCUGGCCACCAAGGCUGCGCGCAAAAGUGCCCCAGCUACAGGGGGGGUGAAAAAUACACAUAGGUACAGACCUGGGACUGUCGCACUCCGAGAAAGCUGAUGAUAAUUAAUUUCCCAUGAACGUCCGUGCAGACAUUAUCUCAGUUUAGUUGCAAAAUUCCUUGAUUGGAUGCUAAUGACUUUGACUUAAACCUCGAUAUUCAACUUGAAUAUCAUAUGGUUAUCGACGGUCUUGCUAAUUUACAAUGGUUAAAUAAAUUUUUGAAGUUGAAAGCAUGAAUGUAACAACAAUCCACUUUGAUAAAUCAUCACUUAUCUGCCUGUACUUGAUGAAAUUCCCUCCAGAUUUCAUAUUCGUUAUCGGAAAUUUCAUCCACUUAAUAUGUCUAAAAGUAAAAAGUGCAAGACAAAUCAUUUCAGAUAAUUGUUGUUUCAAAACAAAUAUAUUAUCAUUCUCGCUGGGAAUGUCAAAUAUGUGUUACCCUCCAAAUUUCAAAGUUUAUAAAAGCUAUCUAAGUAAUCAUUUCGGUUAAAGGUCUCUUUCGAUGCAUUUCAUCAAUACUCUGUUUUGUCUUUCAUGAAUUUUACUAUACUUUCUCUUAAAAUUACCAAGAUAUUAGGAGUCAUGCCAUUUGUUAUUUUUAGUUUGGAAUAAGUCUGUACAUUUAUUUUUUUUCUGCAUCUUUUAAUUUGUAAUGCUUUUAGUUUCGUAUACGCCGCUUAGCUAUAAAGCUGUCUAUCAACAAAGUUAUCGCUGCUACAUCCAUGUACUAGUUUGUUCAAAGUGUGCUAAAGUCCACUAAAUAUUCAUUAAAAAACCGGCUUAUGUGCUUUAAUUCCAUUCAGUAUCUAUACAACAAACAGUUUUAAAGGGUUCACUUAUCAUCUUGUGUAAUGUACAACGAUUGAUACAUCUAACAACUACCACACACAUGAAAAGAUUCGAAAAUACUAUAAAACUUAAAGUGUGAUGGAUGGCUCCAAGUAGUCAUUCACAGUUUAAUAUGCUUCUUGUUUCUUGUGGAGGUUUUAUAUGUAGAAUUGUGUUGAAUUUGAAUUUUCCAUUUGGUAGAAUUAACAUGUCUACAUGCAACAGUAAUAUUUUCCAAAAUUUUAGUCUAUCUUAAGCAUUCCAUCAAUGAUUGGAUUUCGUACAAAUAUCGGGAAAAUUUCAACUGGAAUACGGACCUUUACAAAGUUCUCUUUGUGCUCCGAUCCGUAACAAAAGUAUGCAUCUCGAACUCUAAGUAAACCCAUUCAUUUCAGUCUAUAUUGAAGUUUAUGGGUGUCAAAUGAACCAUAGUGAUACCAAUAUUGCUCAGAGUUUAUUAACAAAAGCUGGGUAUACUAUUGUCCCAUCGGAUGAACAGUGUGACACUGUCUUGCUCAUGACAUGUGCCAUUCGAGAUAGUGCCGAAGUAAAAAUUUGGCGACGUAUUCAACACCUGCGAUCUCUUCAUCGUAAAUCAUAUAUAAAAAUAGGUGUUCUAGGAUGUAUGGCCAAAAGGUUAAAGGAUAAACUCCUUAUGGAUGACAGCUGUAAAACUUUAAAAGCGGGUGAUCUUCAGUCAUCUAGUUUUGAUCACGAUAAUUACACUGCUGCGGCAGAUUUUGUUUGCGGCCCUGAUUCUUAUCGUGAUUUGCCGAAACUUAUUGAAGAUGCUCAUUCUGGACUAAAAGGUGCUAGCGUCGCAUUGUCUUUGGAAGAGACAUAUGCAGAUGUAACUCCUGUACGACGUCAUUUUACAACCGACGAAUCCUCAGACCCGAUCCCUGCUCCUACUGCUUUCCUAUCAGUUAUGCGUGGGUGUGAUAAUAUGUGCACUUAUUGUAUUGUACCUUUUGUCAGAGGACGUGAACGCAGUAGACCAUUGGACUCAAUCCUUCACGAAGCACAAAGCUUAUUUAAUGAGGGAGUAAAAGAAAUCACUUUGCUUGGACAAAAUGUUAAUAGUUAUUGUGAUAAUUCGAAUACAGACUUAUCAAUCAACUCGUCUAAAACGAUUUCAACACUUGUCCCUGGAUUUAAAACUGUUUAUAAACCAAAAGUUGGUGGUUUAAGAUUUUUCGAUUUAUUAGACCAAGUAAGUCAGAUUAGUCCAGAACUUCGUAUUCGAUUCACAUCACCACAUCCAAAAGAUUUCCCAAAAGAGGUUCUUCAACUAAUUUCUGAACGUAAAAAUAUUUGUUCAAAUAUACAUUUACCAGCUCAAUCAGGCAGUAGUGUUGUUCUGGAAAACAUGAGAAGAGGUUAUACUAGACAAGCCUACAUAGAGUUAGUGAACACUAUUCACGAAAUAGUUCCAAAUGUUAGCCUUACAAGUGAUUUUAUCGCAGGAUUUUGUGGUGAAACUGAAGAAGAUCACUCUCAAUCUCUUGAGCUCAUUGAACGUGUUGGUUAUUCAUUUUGUUUCUGUUUCCCGUACAGUAUGCGUGAGAAAACUUUUGCAUAUCAUCAUUUAACUGAUGAUGUACCGAUUGAAGUGAAAAAACGACGGCAUGAAGAGUUAUCAAUGAUAUCUCGAAAUAAAAGUUUAGAGUUUAAUCAAAAACAAAUUGGCUCUAUUCAAAUUGUUUUAGUUGAAGGACCUAGUCGUCGUUCACCAACGCAAGUGUUUGGACGUAAUGAUUACAAUACGAAGGUAAUUUUCGACCAAGAUGUUGCACAAGUACCAACUACUAAAAAUCAAGAUUCUUCGCGUAUAUCAUUCAAGCCUGGUGAUUAUGUGGUUGUUGAGAUUGUUGGUGCAACGUCUCAGACAUUACAAGGAAAGGCUCUUGGCUUGUCUACACUUGGAGAUUUUUGUGAGACAAAGUGGCAUAGUGUGAAUACAGCUAAAAUAAUAUAAAUCGUUC